AGCAGCGUUGAGGUGAAAGUGCUGUGAUUAUUAUUGUACUUUGAUAUUGAAGAAAUUCGCAGUCUGGGCUAAUUUUCCAAAUUUAAUCAUGCUCAGGUGCUAAGGUAUCUUCUCCACGAGAGCCGAACAUCACGAUUUGACCAAUGUCUGCGCCACUGAAACCAUGGGAGACGAGGAAUAACUCCCUUCGGCUCCAGCAGCAGCAAAACACAACGUCAUUCGCUUCUUCACUUCCAUCACAAAGCGUAUUUCCGCGACCCGGAACAAUGUAUUCUGCAGAUAAUUUGUAUGGUGCAAGCAGCUCAAAUCCUCAAAUGACAGGUCCUCGAGCACCACCCAGACCCCCUGGCUCUACUGUUCCAGGUGGCACAAUGUCACAAUCGUACGCGACAGGAUCAUACGGAUCAAGUUACUCGCCUUAUGGAAUGAGACCUUCUUAUGGUUACGGAGGAGGCUAUGGGGGUUAUUCUUCCUAUGGUUAUGGGACAGGAGGCUACGGCUCAUACACUUCUCCCUAUUCCAGUUAUGGAAUGAUGGGGGGUUACGGUCGGGGUUACGGAGGAGUCGGACAAUACGGACAGAUGCCUUAUGGUCACGCUGCUGCUGAAAGCAGAUUUAUAAGAAUGGCCGAGGAGAAUUCUAGGCCUGCCUUUGAAUCGUUAGAGUCGAUGGUCCAUGCUUUUGGAUCUGUGAGCAUGAUGAUGGAAUCAACCUUCUAUGCGGUCCACAGCUCAUUUAGAGCAGUUCUAGGGGUGGCAGAGAACUUCGGAAGGAUGAGAGGGAUGUUGGCGCAAGUUUUUUCAGCCCUUACAAUAUUUAGAGCUAUGAGAUGGGCUUAUCACAAGUUGCUAGAAUUGCUAGGGAUAAGAAAGUCUGGAAACUCUGAGAAAGUUUGGGCUGACGCAACCGCAGAGUCUGGAUUGGCUUCAAUUAGUGGUGCUGAAGGUCAAGAGGCACAAAAAUCCUCUGCUUGGCCCAUUGUUAUGUUCAUGAGCCUCGUGAUGGGUGGACCUUAUCUUAUUUGGAAACUCGUUCGUUCCGUCAUGAAAAAUAUUCCUGACCCCGAAAGUGCUAAAAGUGGGAAUUCCGAGCCAUGGAUGGUUGGCAAGGCUCCGUGUAUGAUCGGAAAAGCUACUUACAGUUAUCAUGCUGGCAGCGCCGACGAGCUCAGCUUUAAUGCUGGAGAUGUGAUAGCCAUGGCACCUACAGACAAGCAGCCGUAUCAUGCUGACGGCUGGUUGAUUGGAAGAAAAAUCAGUGACGUCUCUAGAGGAUCUACUAGUGAGCCCAGCCCAAUCGGACUCGUCCCUUCAAAUCAUUUUAAAACUCUCUAUUCCAAAGCGAAAAAGACAACUGAAGCCACCUCUAGUCCCAGUGAGCUGCCUGUCAUUAACGAAGACGAUCAACUACAAACCACACCAUUAACUGAACAAUCGUUAAGUGAGGACAAAAACAAAUCUGCAGAAAUUAAACCAAUCGAAGAGCAACUAAUUAUGCCAGUUGUGUCAGAAUUAGAAGGAAAUGAUAGCCAAACAACAGAAAGCACGACUUGAUUUUCAAGCACAUUGCAGGUACACACACGAAGAGUGGAAUGAAAAAUAUUGAUUUUUGUUCCACUAAUUUAGAAAAGUUAUCAUUGUAAACUUUCUGUGACUAUUUAAUUCCAAUUCUAAAUUUCUUUAUUCUGAGAAAGUCAAGAGUUAUUUGAUUCUAUAAGGGGCUAUUGUUAAAUCCAAUAAACAGGCUGAGUUUUUUUACUUAUUAAUGAA